UUAUUCUUUAUAAUUAUUAAUGUCUCUCUACAUAAUGGUUUAAUCGAAACCCUAGCCAAUCUUUCUUGAUCGGUAAGAGCAGAGGCGAUGGAGAUUGAUUCGGUACCGGAGGAGACUUUGAAACAAAAAGCUGAAACAUUGCAAGCGUUGGCUAAUGGUCCUUUGGCAUCUUCUCUUUCGAAGCUUUCCGUUUCUUCUAGAGGUAUUCCUUCAGACAAAGACUUCCAUUUCUUUCGCAACUUCGACGAAUUCAAAGUUCCUAUGAAAGAAAUCGCUGAGAAAUCUGAAUCGCUGUUGAAAAGUAUUGGUUCAUCAAGUUUUCUAUUGGGGAAGGAGAUGACUUUUCCUAAAGAUUCAGAAGAAGCUUACGAGUGGCUGGUUAAUGUUAGUGACGAGGUCAUUGAAAGAUGUGAUGUUUCCAUGGAUGAAUUUAGCAGGCUGAGGAAGAAAGAAGAGGAUGUAGGGGAACGUAAUAGUUCGAUAAGCUCUGAAGAUGGGUUUCAGUUGGUUUACGGGAAAAAGAAGAAAGUAGGUAGUCACAGUAUGGAGACUGAGAAGGGACAAGAUUCGUGUCCUGUGACGUCAGUUAAGGUGGCUUCAAGGGAUAAGAAAACAACAGGGGCAAAGCCACGCGUGCCAUUCCAUAUACCAUCGAUUGUUCGACCCCAAGACGAACAUAAAAUAAUGGUUAAUAACUCGAACCAGCCGUUCGAGCACGUUUGGCUGAAGAGGAGUGGGGACGGGAGCAGAUUUAUACAUCCUUUGGAGGAGUUCUCUGUGUAUGAUUUUGUUGAUAGAAACAUUGGGGAUGUGGAACCAGUAAAACCGCUCCCUAUAGAGAGUACCCCUUUUAAGCUCAUUGAAGAAGUCAAGGAUUUGAAGGAGUUGGCUGCCAAGUUGCAAAAUGUGGAUGAGUUUGCAGUUGAUUUGGAGCAUAAUCAAUAUCGUUCCUUUCAAGGAAUGACGUGCUUGAUGCAAAUUUCUACUAGAAGUGAAGACUAUGUAGUUGAUACGCUAAAACUUCGGGUACUCAUUGGUCCACAUCUCAGGGAAUUGUUUAAAGACCCCUCGAAGAAGAAGGUUAUGCAUGGGGCGGAUCGUGAUAUACUGUGGCUUCAACGGGACUUUGGCAUAUAUGUCUGCAACUUGUUUGACACUGGACAGGCGUCUAGGGUGUUGCAAUUAGAGAGGAACAGUUUGGAGUAUCUCCUGCAUCAUUUUUGUGGAGUCACUGCAAACAAGGAAUACCAAAAUGCAGAUUGGAGACUGCGCCUGCUUCCUGAUGAGAUGCUUAGAUACGCAAGAGAAGAUACCCAUUAUCUAUUGCAUAUAUAUGAUCUUAUGAGAGCCAGAUUGCUUUCAGCACGUGCAGAAUCUGAAAGUGGUGAUGAUCUUCUCUUAGAGGUUUACAGACGCAGUUAUGAAAUAUGCAUGCAGCUUUAUGAGAAAGAACUUUUGACAGAUACUUCAUAUCUCUACAUAUAUGGGUUAGGGGGGGCUGAUUUCAAUGCGCAGCAACUGGCUAUUGUUGCAGGGCUUUGUGAAUGGAGAGAUGCUGUUGCCCGUGCAGAGGACGAAAGCACUGGCUAUAUAUUGCCAAACAAAGCUUUACUUGACAUUGCUAGGCAUAUUCCCCUCAAUGCUGGAAAGCUGAGGCGUCUAGUUAGAUCGAAACAUCCUUACGUUGAGCGCAAUCUUAGUUCUGUACUCAUCAUCAUUGAGAAUUCAAUCCAAAAUGCUGCUGCUUUUGAAAAUGCAGCUGAGCAACUAAAGAAGGGCCGCCAAGAAACAGAAUCAGAUGAAAAUGUGAAAGUGAUAGCUGAUGAAUCUGAAGCCUUACCAACUAUGGGGAUCCCUACAAGAAUGCUGACUGCAGCUGCUGAAACAAUGAACACAAAUGAUGAUUAUGAUAAUUCAGUAAAUGGGAAGAUAGGUGAAUGCAUAGCAGCACCGGUCCAGCUCAAGGAAGAGCCUUUAGAACUUGUGGGAAAUGCUUUUGAAAGUGGUACAUCUGGAAAAGGAGGCUCCUUUGAACUACCUGGUGAGGCUGGGAAAAUCAAGAAUGAACAGGAUUUUGUGUUAAAGCCUCCAACGGGAAGCCCUGCUCUUUUAGCACAAAUGGGUGACACAAAUAUUGAGAUGAGCUCUAGAACUUCUGCAAAACCUGUUACUGGAGCCACCAUCCAAAUGCUGAAGAAGCCAAGCAGAGCUUUUGGAGCACUUUUGGGGAAUUCAACCUCGAAGAGAAAGCUUAAUCCAGAACAAAAAGACAAUGCAGAGAUGAAGGUGGAGAAGAUCAAGUCAUCAGUAAACCUUCCAUUCCACUCGUUUUCAGGCAGUGACAAGCAGAUGAAACCAUUUUUCCAGGAAUGCAAGAAACCCGUGGAAAUUCAUCCCUCUGAACCUGUUGUCACACUAGCUGAGGCCAACAAUUUAGAAGAUAUUAUAUCAUUGGAGUGUGGCUUAGACGACGAGAAAUCAGCAGAUGGUGUACCAAAAGCUGCUAAUGAUGCUUUGCAUCCUAUGGAAAAUGACAAUGACAUAGGUUCCACUUUGGAACCAGAUACAGGGGAUGAACCCACGUCUCUGUCUGAUUUAUCAUCCAGCUUCCAGAAGUGCUUCCAGUCCAUAAAUCAUAACAAGAACAACGGGCAGGUCCAAAGCUCUCGUGAAUAUGAAGGUUUGCAGUUGAAGCCAUUUGAUUAUGCUGCAGCAAGGAAUGAGCUGAAAUUUGGGGAGGGCAAGGAGGCAGAGGGAGAAGGGAAGAGUGAUGAAGGCCGGAGAGGUCUGGUUGGCUCAAAGGAAAGACGCAAAAGUUCAGCUGCCAAUAGUGGCCCAAUAGAUGAGGGAGCUAAUGAUAAUCAGCAACCUAGACGACGCCAGGCUUUCCCAGUCACAGGGAAUCGAAGUGCAACUUUCCGUUGAGUUUGGAAGUGGUGUAUGCUCUCUUCUUCUUUUCUGUUGAUAAAACUUGGAAAAGGAAAAUGAAAAAGAUGAAAAAAAGAAAAAGGCAUUUUAGC